UCUUAUCCACACUCCAUAGAUACUUCAAUUCAAACCAGAGAGAUAACAAACAAGAACCGGUCUCAGACUCAGACCACUGACAAAGCUACCAAACCAUGGCGGCUUCGAUCACUCUUGGAGUGUUUUCUGGAAACACUUCCACUCGAAUUGGUCUCCCAAAAGUGGACUCAUCCAAUAGACUUUCUCUAAAGACCAACGCUUCCGCUCUUUCCGACCUUGGCUUCGUCACUUCGCAGCUCACUGGCCUCAAAAUCUCUAAUGUUGUGUCGUUUCAACCUGCCCGACCCAUCUUCACCAAAUUCUCUCCUGCUCUUCAACCUGUUGCCCGUAGAAUUUGUCCCUUCACUGGGAAAAAGGCAAACAGAGCAAAUAAGGUCUCUUUCUCGAACCACAAGACAAAGAAGUUGCAGUUUGUCAACUUACAGUACAAAAGGGUUUGGUGGGAGGCCGGGAAGCGUUUUGUGAAGCUUCGUCUAUCAACCAAAGCAUUGAAGACCAUAGAGAAGAAUGGUCUGGAUGCUGUUGCCAAGAAAGCUGGGAUUGAUCUUCGAAAACUAUGAUGUUGCCUUGACUGUUUUACCAUGUUUAUUCUGUUGGCAAGGCAUGCCUGAUCAUUGUUUUUUUUCUAAUCAGUAACUUUAUGCUUUCUUCUUUUCCCCAUCUAUUUUGUAGAAUCUUUUUAAUCUGUAAUAUUACAGCCUGAACAUUGUGUAUAUUGAUUGCAUACAAUGCAAUUAUGAUCAAGAGAGUCAUGCUUUUUAUUUCUUUUGAA